GAGGCCAGGAGGACUUGUUCCGGAGAGAGCCUAUGGCGUGCUGACACGGCGCGUUGCGUGCCUGUGUUGGCUCAAUAAUUGGACGAAGCCGAAUCCUCCAUCCACUGCUAUAAAAACCGGUGUAGGGGCUUCAUUGUGCUCAAGCUCAACCAAAGCGACUUUGUACAACGCCCUUUGAUAGAUAUUUGUUCUUGAGCUUCUUCGUUUUUGCACCAAAAGACAAGCAGGAUGUCUUGCAGCUGCGGAUCAAGCUGCAACUGCGGCUCAAGCUGCAAGUGCGGCAAGAAGUACCCCGACCUGGAGGAGAAGAGCACCGCGGCGCAGGCCACCGUCGUCCUGGGUGUCGCCCCGGAGAAGACAGCUGCUGCCGAGUUCGAGGCCGCGGCGGAGUCCGGCGCCGAGACCUCCCACGGCUGCAGCUGCGGUGACAGCUGCAAGUGCAACCCCUGCAACUGCUGAUCGACCGACGACCACACAUGGGGAACGAAGACCGACGAUAUGCAUGCUGCUGCUUAUUUGAUGGUGAUAUCGAUCUUGUGCCGGCGACGUACGGUACUACUAGCUACUACACUACAUGUAGUGCUCUGCAAUUGUGUUAUUGUGUGUGACGUAUGUAACUGAUGGUUGAACAAUAAGGACGAGCUAGCUAUCUGCUAUGUAUUUCGAUCUGGCUCGCCAGCAUGCAUAUAUAUGCGAUCUAUAUAUCUGCCCUUGUGUGCCUGAUCGAGAGAGAGAGUAUACCUCUUUUGCUUAUUGGCCUUGGCGUCAGUCUUGUGCUCUUGCAUUUAAUUAUGUGCAUGUGUGUGUACUGUGUAUCCAUCUUGUGCUCAUACAUCGAUCUCUAUGUGUCUCUGUACGUAAUGACGAUAUGAUUUCGUCCAGGGUGAUUUAUAUAUAAAACUGGUAUGGUUUA